UUGAACUUCAAAAUGGCGACCUUCAGGGUGUUAUGUUUUUGUAAUAAAGUGCCUUUAAUAGAAAAGGGCUUGUGUCAUAAGAUAUUAGCAGUUUCAACUUCUAGGCACAAAGAAGCCCAUCUUACCUCAACAGUAAACUUGCAUACUUCUUCAAGAUGUGAUGUUGAUAGAAGAAAGGAUACAGCUGUAGCAAAACAUUUACAUUAUCGGAAUUAUGAAAAGACAAUGAGACAUAGAAAUCUUCCUUUAGUUGAAUUGCCAGAUUAUUCCUAUGUUGAUGGAAGAGCCACUGAGAUUGCAAUACGUCAGAAAAAUAGAAAUGAAAGGAAUUAUGAUUUGGCUAAACAGGUUGUUCAACUUCUAGGGGAAAUUAAAUUCGCCCAAGAUGAACUAAAGAGGUCUGAACAGGAAAAGUUGGAUCAACAACAACAAAGAUUAUCAUCUGCACUCAAAGAGAAAGGAAAAGGGCUAUAAUAAAAUAUUUCAAAAACAC